AUGAGGUUUAUCAUACUUCUCGCAAGCCUGCUUAAUCUUGCACUUGCAAGUACGUCCCAGAAACCUUUACUGGGUUCUCAAAAUGAAUACGGGCACAGCAUAGCAAGUGCCACGGAGAAUGCAAACCUUAUCUUCAACGCAGUACACUCGUCGAUGAGACAAUGGGGCUCUUCGAUCCAACAUAACGGGAUGUCAUUUUUCCCUGCCUAUAUACCAGAAGGCACCCUACUGUAUCACGGAAAUCGCAUACCCGAAAUUCCCAUAGGUCCAGAAUGGAUUGCCUUUGAGAUUCCACAUGCAGAAAUGUUUGCUGUAGGAUGGAGGGUGAAACGACCCCAACCCCCAGGAGAUGGUGAUGACGACAAAGUUGAAGUGAGCGACGAAGGUUACGUGGAUCUGAGGAAAAUUUCUCCCAACCAGCUUUGGACCUUGGAUGAGCCGGAAUACGAAUAUAUACCAGGCUACUUGCAUAUCUAUAAAGCGAAUCGCCCUUUGAAAGUUCUCUACCUGGACGGAAUGGCUGCUGGAAAUUCGGAUCGAGGGACUAUGGACUCGCAAGAUAUUCUGCUUUUGAACUUCACCGGUGGUGUCUGGGACGAACGAGGGCGCGCCGCGGAGCUUUGCAACCUAGCCAAAGACAUUGGCGUGGAAGGCUUCGUUAGGAUGGAAUGUGGCUUCGAAUUGAUCAAAUGCGACUUUUCCGAGGGAUUGACGUUUAUCUCCCACAAGCAGAGGCCUAACAUCCAGAAGUCCGAAGGGUUCAAUACCAUGUUCUUGUUUGAAUUUGUUCGGGAGAUUGGAAGUCGGUAUUUUGGUAUUGGCGCUGGACGAGUUUUGCUGGACUACUCGUCUAUGGUGUCAGCGUUUUUCUAUCCUGCAAAUUUGUCGAACCCGCACCCAGAUCCAGGACAAUCGAAGCUUCCGAGACUGGUGAAAAGUGACGAUAACGUGCUAAAACAAAUGAGGUCUGAUGUGCGAGACGCGGUAAUAGAUUCGAACUCCAACGUCGGUAUCGACUGGCAAGGAGUUGCUGAUAUGAUCGUGAAGCGCUUUGCUUCCCGAUUGCAAUUUCUGGCUACUGAUAUGGAUCAAGAAAAACUGCUGUCGGAAGUAAACAUGCUUGUGAAUACUUUCAUCGACUACGGCACUCACGAUGAGCAAGAUCCGGUUGAGGUUUGUGCUUUGCAUUAUUUACAGCCGGUUUCGCCACACACGGAGCAAGACCAUUUGAUACAAGCUGCGUUCAAGACGGUCACACACAAAAUCUGUGACACACUUAAUGAAGUCAGGAAGAUAGUGCUUCAGAAGCGAGAAGAUGAGAACGCUGUAGAUGUCGAUGAUGCAAGUCUUGAAGUGCAACUGAUACGGGAGUUGAACUCAUGGCUUGACUGGCCUGAUUGGACAACAUGUGGGGUCUGUGCUGUUGAUGAAGUGUGCUUUAUAGCUGUUUUCCCUUACGGAACAGAAGAAGAUCAUUACCUUCCACAAUGCAGAAAUAGCGAGCAACUCUUCAAACGUUUAAGAUCCAGGGACAAUUACUGGAUGCCGAGGCAGAGAUAG